AUAGCUUCACAUCAGAACUGAGACUAACCUUGUGGUUUUAACGCACACCCUGCUCUGUCCUGAAAUCUGGAACUCAUUACUUCAUCACCCAGAAACUGCACGAAACCGCCCCCCCACCCCCACUGGAGCUGGGGAAAGGAACGAGCAAACAUCCCUUUAAGAAAGAAACCUCUACUUGAAUGAUUUAAAUUAAGGUGGAUGGAAGUUAUUUCCCUUUCUGGCGCUUGCCAGAUUUCAAGUAAAGCUGAAAAAAAAUGGGAGCAGGGGGAGGGAAGCAACAGGCGGCUGGACAGCAGAAGAAAAAGCAAGGGGGCAGCAGCCGGGUUGAAAUGGGGGCCAUCAAUUUAAGUCAGAAAGGAAAAAUAAAAGCAGACCCAGCUUGGGUGUCACGUAGGUUCGUGGCUGCAGCAAAAGUCGUGUUUCGUAAAGUUGAAAAACAACCGGUUCCUCUAACUGUUGUGAUUUGGAAGGUUUCCCAGCGUUUGCCCGGAAGUUGACGAAUAAAUAAGAAAUGCAAUAAAAAUGGGGGUGGAGGGAAUGAGAGUGCGACUCGAGCGAUCUCCUCGGCCCGCCCAGUCCUCUCCUAAGAAACGUGCUCAUAAUGGGGUGACCUAAUUACAUCGCAAUGGAACUCCCUCUUAGCCACUCGGCGCACCGGGUUUCAUAACAGACCCGGCGGCCUCGAGUGCCGAGAAGGGACGUGCAGGGCUGACGAGGCGGCGGGGCCCGCGUGGAAAUAGGAAAGAAACACAACCCCACAAUUUCCGCCUGGGUCUUCACUCCGGCACCGGGGCGAAGGCGCAGGGAGCGGGUGGGGAGCACGUUAGCAACUUUUUAUCUGGGUGGGCAGGGGACACCCAAACCUAACAGCAAAUAAAUACAUGUUUUACGGUUUUUAAGAGAGUAAUACUGGACUGAGGGCCCCUCUGUUUCGUGGACCUCAUGUUCCCUCCCGCCCAGAGCAGCGUGACAAGCCAUAUGUUCCGUUCCCGCGGGGGCCGGGGAGAAGCAACAAUAAGUUCAAAGUGUCGCCUCCCUCCACCUUCGUUCUUACCAAAGUAACUUUUUUCAUUGUUCUAACGUCUGGAGGUGUGUGGAGGGGGGAGGAGGGGAAAGGUUGCUGUGCGGCCCGAAAGUCAGAGCGCGUGGAAAGUCAUGCUCGGUGUGUUUUUGGGGGCAGGGAGGUAGAAGAAGGGGCGUUCGUGAAGGAUUCAGGGUUUUCUUCACUAAAAAGUUUAAAUAUUGGAUGCGUUUAAGAAACGCCAAGCCUAGGCCUGCUAAAACAAACAAACGGCCCGGGCUGUGGUCUUUUUCCGCGAUGCCCCCCCCCUUCCCGCCCACACUCGGAGUGCAGCGGCUGCAAAGCAAGCGCGAGUGUAGACGCGUGCGGCGCGCUAAAUCUAAACCGUGCAGCGCUCGCCCCCGCCAGGCCGGGUCCUCCUGGGGAAAAAGUUUCCCCAGUCCAGCCCACCCCCGCCUCACUGAAAAAAAAAAAAAAAACCCAAAACCCAACACUUAAAACCCUAUAGUUGGACGUUUUGUGCGUCCCAAAGUUCCAGUCUCCUCGCUCAGCCGGGUAUGCGGAAGGGAGCCGAUGCGGAAGUCGGGAAAAGGUAAGCAGUGCGGGCACUUGGAGAAGUUUCAAGGCAGACCAGCUCAAGAUGGAAACCGCAGCCCGGGCGCUAAGGACGGGCUCCGGCUCCCGCUGGCAAAAAGAGAAAGUCGAGCCCGCCUUCCUGCCCGACAAGAAAACAACACAACAACUAGAACCCCGAAGGGGGUGGAAUGAGUGAUGUCACAGAGCCGCGCUCCGAGGUUGACAAAGGGGGGGGCGCGCACCUCCCCCUCUGCGCCGCGCGCGGCCCCACAGGGGCGCCUGAAGCUCUGGGGAGCGAAGCCGGCGGACUCGAAACUUUUCCUCUUUAAGAAAAAAAAGUUGUACGAGGCUCGGAGUGGGGUUUUUUUUUUCCGCCUUCUUUCCUUGUCUCCCCUCCCCCUUCUUCCUUUUGAAAGUUUCUACCUCCCACCCCCCUUAGCUUGACCGCAUGGCUGAUUCAACCUCAGUGUCAAUCAACUUUUUUCCCUCCUCUUCCUCAUUUAAAUGCGUUUAAAGCUCCUCCUCCCCGGCCAAUCUGAAACUUUAUAAAUUGGGCUUUCCGCGCCGCAGCCCGAGAGAGUCAGAAAGGCGAGGGGCGCCGGGAGCUGGCGUGUGGGACUCCAAACCCGAGAGCCGGAGGCUGCGCCUUCCCCGCACCGGGACCUUCGCGACACACCACAUACUCGCCCCUGCCCCGAGCGAGCGCCCAGGAUGACCACCACUCUCGUGUCUGCCACCAUCUUCGACUUGAGCGAAGUUUUAUGCAAGGGUAACAAGAUGCUCAACUACAGUACUCCCAGUGCAGGGGGCUGCCUGCUGGACAGGAAGGCAGUGGGCACCCCUGCUGGGGGGGGCUUCCCUCGGAGGCACUCGGUCACCCUGCCCAGCUCCAAGUUCCACCAGAACCAGCUCCUCAGCAGCCUCAAGGGCGAGCCAGCCCCAGCCCUGAGCUCUCGGGACAGCCGCUUCCGAGACCGCUCUUUCUCAGAAGGGGGCGAGCGGCUGCUGCCCACCCAGAAGCAGCCGGGAAGCGGCCAGGUCAACUCCAGCCGCUAUAAGACGGAGCUGUGCCGCCCCUUCGAGGAAAAUGGCGCCUGUAAGUACGGGGACAAGUGCCAGUUCGCACACGGCAUCCACGAGCUCCGCAGCCUGACCCGCCACCCCAAGUACAAGACGGAGCUGUGCCGCACCUUCCACACCAUCGGCUUCUGCCCCUACGGGCCCCGCUGCCAUUUCAUCCACAAUGCUGAGGAGCGCCGUGCCCUGGCCGGGGCCCGGGACCUCUCCGCCGACCGUCCCCGCCUCCAGCAUAGCUUUAGCUUUGCUGGGUUUCCUAGUGCCGCUGCCACCACCGCUGCCACCGGGCUGCUGGACAGCCCCACCUCCAUCACCCCACCCCCCAUCCUGAGCGCUGAUGACCUCCUGGGCUCACCUACCCUGCCCGAUGGCACCAAUAACCCUUUUGCCUUCUCCAGCCAGGAGCUGGCGAGCCUCUUUGCCCCUAGCAUGGGGCUGCCCGGGGGUGGCUCCCCGACCACCUUCCUCUUCCGGCCCAUGUCCGAGUCCCCCCAUAUGUUUGACUCUCCCCCCAGCCCUCAGGAUUCUCUCUCGGACCAGGAGGGCUACCUGAGCAGCUCCAGCAGCAGCCACAGUGGCUCAGACUCCCCCACCUUGGACAACUCAAGACGCCUGCCCAUUUUCAGCAGACUUUCCAUCUCAGAUGACUAAACCAGGGUAGGGAGGGACCCCCUGCCUACCCCACCCCCAACAACCCCGCAGCCACAUCCCAGACCCUUACCUCCCUACCCAUCCUUACAGCCCCUACAUUAACAAGGUUAAGCUCAACCCCUUUCCCCCAGAACCUUGAAAUGUCCCUUCUCCCUCUCCCAUUACCCCACCUAACAUAAGGACAAGUCAAUUUGUCAGUAGCUUCUUCUGGCUUGAAACCCCCUCCCUGGAUUUUAUAGCCCACUUACCAUGCAUAACAGACAAGUCCCAUAUUUGUCAGUAGAUGCCUUUUUUCUGGCUUAAGCCUUAAGUGCCAAAUCACAAAAGAAAAAGCAGUAACAGUUUACAGAAGCAACUUAGUGCCUUGUAAUCUAACUUUGUCACUGUGACUACAUUACCUCUUCAGCGCCAGAGGGCACCCGUGGGCCUCCCGGAGCCUCUGCCCAUGGGGAGGGGGAGGGGCAGGCCCAGAACCAGCAGCUCCCUCCACUGGCGACACAAGUGCACCUUCCCUGCUUCAGUCUCCCGCACACUUCCUCCUCCCCUCUCUUCCCAAUAUCAGCCCCCUCAGAGUUGUUGCCAGACUUGGAGUUUUGGGGAAACCUGUCUUGACAUUCAAAACCUUUUUCUUCCCAACCUGAACCCCUGUUGACUAAUCUUGCCUGGGUUUGUGGAGGUCUGCAGGAAGGCAGGCUGAAAAAGUGGACGAAGAUUUUGACUUAAGUGGGACUUUGUGAUUUUAAUUUUUUCUUUUUUUAAGUGGGGAGGAAGGGGACGCUAGAUGGACUAUGAGAGACUUGAUUUUGGUGCUAAAGUUCCCCAGUUCAUAUGUGACAUCUUUAAAAAAAAAAUAACAACAAAAAAAAAAUGAGAGAAAAGCUAAAAAAAAAUGUAAGGGGUGAGCAGUUAAUGGUAUUCAUUCCACAUACAUUAUCUGUGUAAAACGAUUUCCUGUAGAAGUAGCUUUAAUGGUUUUUGCUCUAGAAUACCGUAGGUCUAUCCUUAGAGCACUCACGCCAUGCUUUUUUCCCUUGGUUUUAAACUUCAUAUAACUUUCAGAAAUUGGAGAGCAAAAAUUUUGCUUGUCACUGCACAUCAAUAUAAAAAAGCUUAUUUAACUUAUCAAAACGUAUUUAUUGCCAAACUAUGCUUUUUUUUGUUAAUUUUGUUCAUAUUUAUCGGGAUGACAAAUCCAUAGAAUAUAUUCUUUUAUGUUAAAUUAUGAUCUUCAUAUUAAUCUUAAAAUUUUGUGACGUGUCUUUUUCCUUUUUUUCCACAGUUUUAAUAUAUUAUUCUUCAACGACAUUUUUGUAACUUUACACUUUUUUUGGUUAUUUUAUUUUAAAAAAAUGAAAAAUUAAUUUAAAAAAAUGCAAAAAACUGUUGGAUUAUUUAUUUUAGAAAUUCCCCCCUUUGUGUUGGACUGCAAAUUGAGUUUCUUUCUCUUUAGGCCUUUUACAACUAGGACUGAGAAUGUAUGUAAAAGUUCUGUGACAGUACAGAAGGAAAACAACUUUUUAUGUAUAGCUUCUAAAAGGGAAAAAAACAAAAAAAGAGAGAAAACCCUUUGACUUCCACGUGCCCAUCUCAAGACAUUCCACUCGCAGAUUUGAGGUUCUGGAUUCCAGGUUUGGAGUUUUCCAAUGUUAAUGUAAACAGAACUGGCACACACACAUAAGAUGAAUGUAAUUAUUAUUCCUCUUGCUGGUCACUACCGUCGCUUUCUAUUUCUCUUUCUUUGUGUGAAUUUAUUUAAAAGAAAAAAAACUUUUUGUAACGACUAUUUGCAGUUUAAAAAAUCAAUAAACCCCGUUUUUUCAAGAAACA